GUAUUUGACGAAGUUGGAGAAGGAAUACGACAUCGAAAUGGAUCACAAGUGGAUAUUAUUUUUGUUCAGCAUUGCUGCUCUGCUCUUGUGCAAUUUUGUAAGAGCCGAUGAAACGGAAACGGAAGUGGUGGAGGAGCAACCAAGCUCUAUUCAGCUGCUGGAGGCCGGGGAAACCGCACAGGCUGAUUCCGCAGACGAGAACGUUAGGAAAGUGCGCCAGUACUUUGGACCACCACCGUUUGGACCUCCGCCACCACCCUUCUUUGGACCACCUCCACCACCGUACUACGGCGGUGGUUUUGGUGGCGGAUUCGGCGGUGGCUUCCAGAGAACUCGAGUGGUCACCCGCACCCGUUAUCGCGGACGCGGUGGAUACUACGGCGGUGGAUUCUACGGUUAAUCAGUGGACAUGGAUUCGAUUGUGCAGACUUUGUGAUACUUCUUUUGUGCUGCCCCAUGGGGUGCAAUAAAAUUGUUUGCUUUAUGCAAGUCCAUUCAA